GAUCAAAAUUGCCUGACCACUCAGUCUUAUUAUGUGACUUUGAAAUAAAGGAAACACGAUCAAUGUAUACUGAUAAAACAGACCACUUAAUUGGCGAUGAAAAACAAGGCAAUAAAAUGAAGUACAGAAAAUUUAACUUAAAACAAAUUCCAGACAAUUUCCUGAAAAAUGACAAUACGCAAAAUAGCUUAAAUGAAGCAAUUCUUAGAAUUGAAAAUGAAUCGGCAAAUCAAGCUACUAUCGACGACACAUACGAUAAAGUGUGUGAAAUCUACUACGAUGAAAUGUUGAAUAUGCUACCCUCUCAUGACAUUUCAAAAAACACAAAACGUAAAUCAAGAUUUAAACCAAAACCAUGGUGGGAUUCCAAUCUUAACGAACUUUUUAAAAAACUUUGUC